GGACAGCCUCUGGCGGCUCCACUGCGCGCUGCUGCGGCUGGUGUUCUGUGCCAGCUGUCGUCCGGUGUCUCUUCUCGUUCCUGUCGCUGCCUUCGCUGCUGUCGCCUGCUGCUUGCUCUCACGUCCGCCCUCGAUCUGCGCUCUUCUGCGCUCCCACGCGCCCAAAAAUAGCGCAGCGAUGCCGGCGAUCACACUGAGCACGCCUGGCCGCUACGUCCUGCUCGUCCUGCUUGUCCUCCUCGGCAUCCACUCCAUCCUCUCGCUGACGCACCACGACUAUGCCCGCGUCACCUCUGUCUCCCGUCUCGCCGGCUGGGGCACGCCUUCCCCGCCGGCCGUGCCCACCGACUACUUCCACCCCGCGCCGCCCGCCAACGCGUCCGCCCGCGCCAACGCAACCCUGCUCAUGCUCGCGCGCAACGCGGACACGGAGUCGGCCGUGCGGUCCGUGCGCGAGCUGGAGCAGUCGUUCAACCAGCGCUUCAACUAUCCCUGGGUCUUCCUCAAUGACGACGACUUUUCCGACGACUUCAAGACGCGCAUCUCGAAUGUCGUCUCCGGCCCCGUCUCCUUCGGCCGCGUCCCCCGCGAGCACUGGGUCCAGCCCGCUUCCAUAGACGAGGACCGCGCCCGCGCUGGCCGCGAAAAGAUGGAAAAGGACGGGAUCAUCUACGGUGGCAGCCUCUCCUACCGCAACAUGUGCCGCUUCAACUCGGGCUUCUUCUACCGCCAUCCGCUCCUCCAGCAGUACCGCUGGUACUGGCGCGUAGAGCCCGACGUCCACUUCCACUGCGACACGCCAUUUGACCCCUUCCGCUACCUCGCGGACCACGGCAAGGUCUACGGCUUCACCAUCACGAUGUACGAGUACGAGGCGACGAUCCCCACGCUCUGGGAGACGACCAAGGAGUUCAUGCGCCUGCAUCCGGAGCACGUCGCGCAGGAUAACGCGAUGGGCUACAUCUCGGACAACGGCGGGGAGACGUACAACCUGUGUCACUUCUGGAGCAACUUUGAGAUCGCGGACAUGGACUUCUGGCGCGGGGACGCGUACUCGGCCUACUUUGACUUUCUCGACGCCAAGGGCGGGUUCUACUACGAGCGCUGGGGCGACGCGCCGGUGCACAGCCUGGCGGCGGCGCUGUUCGCGCGCAAGGAGCAGAUCCACUUGUUUGACGAGAUCGGGUACGAGCACAACCCGUACACGCACUGCCCGCGCGGGGCCGGGGCGUGGGCGCGCGGGCGGUGCUCGUGCAACCCGCAGGGGAGCUUUGAUUAUGACGGCUACUCGUGCAUGCGGCAGUGGGACCGGAUCCAGUAGUGCGAGGCUGCGCGCGCGCGGUCUCGUUCGCCGGUCGCGGGACUGGGAAGCGAACACAACAACAACGUACAUGCACAGUGUCUCGCCUGGAUCAUUUUGUCUGUCGUCUCAUCGCUGUAUCUAUUCGCAUAUCCGCCGCAUGGCUGCCAUCGUCCAUAAUGCUUGUAUAAGUACUCCGACAUCGUCGUCUCCCAUUGCCGUUGCCAUUGCCGUCGCUAUCUAUCUAAAGGGGGGACAGCCUGCUUGCGCCGGGGGGAGUGGCGGACGGGCGGCGGGGACGGAUAACGAUUGCGUUGGCCGUUGCUUUAACUUAUUUACUUGUUGCUCUGCUCUUCCGUGCGUAGACCGUGACGCCGUCCGUUUAUAUAUAUGUAUAUACGUGUGUGCAUAGAUUGAUCGGGUA